GAUGGAAUCCCAUCCUCACCUGGAUUUCUCCAACGAACUUCGCAAUUACACAACAAGACACGCUUGCACUUCGUUAUAAAGACACAUUAACGUGGAUUUUCGAUGAUCCUAGUUUUCUGAAUUGGCUUAACGGAUCAAUUAGAUUUCUGUGGUGUUUCGGAAUUCCUGGCGCAGAGAAAACUAUAUUGGC